AUGGCAUAUUACGACAGCCGAAUCCCAUAUUCCCCCCACGAUCGCUACCCCCCGCCUGAAUACUCGGAAGCCCCUUACCACUACGGUGGAAGCCACUCGACAGAAGUGAUGCCACAUGGCGCCGCCCCCACCGGCGGAACCAGAGACUCAUACUACCGCAACCACCCUGCAAGAGAUGCAUAUGAAUACGGAUAUGGCGACCACCCCCGCGACUCGAAGCGUUCACGCAAGGGCCGCCACAGAGCGCACUCAGCAAGCGGGCGCUACGAUGACCCGUACGAUGAUUAUGAACCCCGCUCCCGCCGAUCUAGACAUCAUGAUGAACGACGCGGACGUGAGAAAUAUGCAUACUCUCCUUCAACCAGCCGUUCGCCACCCCGUCGCCGACGAUCCCUUUCAGAGCGUGCUCUCGGUGCAGUCGGUCUAGAAGGUGCUGCGGGUUCCAAACACCGUGGUAGUAAUCGAGGCCGUUCUCAUGGUCGUCACCACAGAUCUUACUCUUAUUCGCCGUCUCCAACCCGUGGGGGGCGCAGUGCCCGUGGCAAGAAUGAAGCACGUAUCGCGCAAGCUGUCAAGGCUGCAGUGACUGCGGGAGCUGUCGAAGCUUUCCGUGCGCGCAAGGAACCCGGUGACUGGUCCGGCCCAAAGGGCAAGCGUGUCCUCACUGCUGCGUUGGCUGCUGGAGGCACUGAUGGGCUUGUCGAUAAAGACCCUGACAGCCACUCCAAGCGCCAUUUCAUCGAGUCUACGCUUGCUGGCCUUGCUACGAACCGGCUUGUCAACGGAUCGCGCUCCCGCUCUCGUUCUCGACAUGGGAGGCACUCCGGCUCUAAGAGCCACGGCGGGAAGACUAAGGAUGCUGCUCUCAUGGGCCUUCUAGCCACUGCUGGGAAGGAGGCUUAUGAUCGGUACCAGAAGUCCCAUGACCGCUCACGCCCGCGUGACCGAUCCGAUUCGAGAGAUGGCUAUGAUAGCUACGACUCUCGGCCUCGACCUAAGAAACGGAGCAAGAGUGUAUCCGAAUAUAUCAACAAGGGUAUAGCAGCCCUAGGCCUGGAUGAAAAGAGCGAUAGGGACAGGAGCGACAGGAGCGACAGGGAUGAUCGGCGCCGUCGUCACCAUCGGUCAUCGCGCUACGAUGACUACUCUGAUGAUGACCGGUACAGUGACGACGACUACUACCGCCGUCAUCCAAGCCCGCCGCGAACCAGGCAUUCCAAAGAUGUGAGUCGACCUUAUUAUAUCCCCACAUCGGGAGCCAGAAGCGACGACGGUUACGAUCGCUCGGCCGUGGCACAACGCUCGCGCUCUGGCUCCCGAUCCGCAAAAAACGCGCCACGGCACCAUUCGAAGGAGAAGAAGGGUUCUGACGCGGAAGAUAGUAUCGAUGAUUCAAAAAAAUUGAAGAAACUCAACAAGGAGACAUUAUGGGCCACCGGCAUCGCUGCCGCAGCGACCAUCCACGCCGCCCACUCCCUAACCGAAAACAUGGAAAAGCACAAAGAACGCAGUAAACAGCUUAAGGAGGGUGAGAUAUCGAAGGACCAAGCCCGCCACCGCCGCCGAAAAAACCAGCUUUCCGACGUCGCCAGUGUAGGCGUCGCAGCCCUAAGUAUUCAGUCCGCCGUUCAAGAUUGGAGGCAUUUCGAUGCAAAACGCCGCGAGCGAGCCAGCGUGCACAAGGCUUGCAAAGAACGGUCCAAGUCUUUGUCGAAAGGCCAUUCCAAUUCGAAUUCCAAUCGCCACUCCGGACACUCUACUUCUUCUCGACCGCAACGAGCCCAGAGCCUGAGCCACCGCCCUCCGCGGACAGUUUAUCCAGAUGAGAUCGAAGAAAAUUGGUCCAUUCCAGAUCGACGAUAUUCGGUCAGUGGUGCGCGGUCUCCUGGGGUAGUGGUUUAA